AUGAUGCUGGAGCUGGUGGACGGAGGAUCAGAUACAGUGGAAUGGGUACCAGUUUCUGUGUGCAGUGAGAGCUGUCCUCCAGGAACCAGGAAAGCUAUACAGAAGCAAAGGCCUGUUUGCUGUUUUGACUGUAUAACAUGUUCUGAGGGAGAGAUCAAUUCACUGGAUUGUUUGCAUUGUCCUCCUGAGUUCUGGCCCAAUGUCAAGCAAGACAGCUGCCUCCCAAAACCUGUUGAGUUCUUGUCCUGGAAUGAAACCCUGGGCAUCAUCUUGGCAAUGUUCUCCAUCGCUGGAGCCUUCAUGGCUGUGUGUGUAAGUGUUGUAUUUUAUAAGCACAGGACCUCACCUAUUGUUAGAGCCAACAAUUCUGAACUGAGCUUUCUGUUGCUCUUCUCUCUGACUUUCUGUUUCCUCUGUUCACUUACUUUCAUUGGUCGGCCCUCUGAGUGGUCCUGUAUGCUGCGUCACACAGCCUUUGGAAUCACCUUUGUCCUCUGCAUCUCCUGUGUUCUGGGUAAAACAUUAGUGGUGCUAAUGGCGUUCAGGGCUACAAUUCCAGGCAGCAAUGUCAUGAAAUGGUUUGGGCCUCCACAACAGAGAUUUAGUGUGAUUUCUUUUAGUAUAAUACAAGUUAUUAUUUGUGUCAUUUGGUUAAACAUAUCACCCCCUUUCCCUUUUAAAAAUUUAAAACACUACAAAGAAAGGAUUAUCUUGGAAUGCGGCUUAGGUUCAGCUAUAGGAUUCUGGGCUGUACUAGGAUAUAUAGGAGUCUUGGCACUUUUGUGUUUUAUAUUAGCUUUUCUAGCUAGGAAGUUACCUGAUAACUUCAAUGAAGCCAAAUUUAUUACAUUCAGCAUGCUCAUAUUCUGUGCAGUUUGGAUCACAUUUAUUCCAGCUUAUGUCAGCUCUCCUGGAAAAUUCACUGUAGCUGUGGAGAUAUUUGCUAUUUUGGCUUCAAGCUUUGGUUUGAUUAUCUGUAUUUUUAUUCCAAAAUGUUUUAUAAUUGUUUUUCGGCCAAAUCAGAAUACCAAAAAGCACCUCAUGGGUAAAAUUCCAUCGAAGGCUCUUUAA